AUGGGUCUUGUAACGAAACUGAAAAAGACUGUCCUUAAAGACGAUCGUCUUAGGAUAGAAAAGACUACAGCCAAGAAUAUUCCAGAUUUUUUACAUUUUUCAAGUGAAAGACAUCUACCAAUUGCUCAAAUAUCUGGAGACACUAGUCGAGUAAUAUUCCCAUCAGUGCAGUCUUAUGAUGUAUUUAAAACUUUUAAAAAACUAGAUCCAUCCUUUCUUAAAGAUAAUAAUGGAGUAGGUAUCCCUUUGUUUAGAAUUCGCAGCGUAGAAUGGAAUCAACGAAAUUUCAAGGAAAUGAAUAAAGAAUUGGUAUAUCAAAUUUUUUCAUAUGAAUUAAGAUCUGUUGAUGAAGUACCGCCUUAUAUGGAUGGUGAAGUCGUACUAAAUGUUAAAGAUGUUAAACUUUAUAAAUGUCUCUAUUGUGAUGUCUAUAAAGCUAAUUCCUCUGGAGGAACAACCUAUUUUUUAGAGUUUAAAGAUGAUUCUCUAGGUGAAAUCCCAAUGAUUCAUAGAUUUCAAUAUAGAGAUAUGGAUACAAACCUUUAUAAUUGGAAUUUUAGAUGGCAUGUAAAAUUUAGUCCCAUAAUAGAAAACGAUCAUUAUAAACUUGGGUACUUAAAUCCAGAUACUGUAUCUUUAUUAGAUACAAAAGAAAUUGUAAAAGAUAAAAAAUUGUUAAAAAUACCCAAAACAGAACGGUUUAAACUUAUCUUUGGUCAUUAUACUUCAGAAGAUAGUGAUUUUUUCCCAAGUUCAAUUAUUAAAGUAGCAGAUUUUACCAUCGGUGAAAAAGAAGUUGUUCCCUCAUUAGGUGUACGUGAUGUACCUGUUGUAACUAAAAUAUUCGCUUGUCAAUGUUUAUUGAUUCAUAUUAUAGAGUUAGAAAAGAGAAGUGGUGAAAGAGCAAUAAAUGCUCCUUAUAAUACACCAUUCAUAAUGAUGUAA